GAAGCAACGUGUUCAUUCCUGUGGGUUCAAGGGCUCCCCUGGGAAGGAAGCGAGCAAACCACCAGGUCAGGCUGUGAGCAUGUCCCUCCGCAACCCAGUUCCCCGCCACGGAGGGAAGCGAGCAAACCACCAGGUCGAGCUGUGAGCAUGUCCCUCCGCAGCCCCGUUCCCCGCCAGCCACCGCCGGGGUGCACCUACCCAAGGCGCAAGCCAUGGCAGCGCCCACCAGGCCUCCUCCUGACACCACCACAUCGUACACGGUGUCUGCCGAGGAGCCGGCCCAUCGCCGACAGGCAGCUAGAGGGCGUCGUCCGGCCGCAAGCGGCGCGCUACUCCACCAGCGGCCACACAGCAAACCGGUCAUCGAGCCAGUGCGGGCCGCCAUAAUGACUCGCGCCUGCGCCCUGGACUCUCCAAGCGCCCGCCCGGGUAGCACUUCCGGGGCAGAGUCUUACAACCCUGUGCCGCUUCAGUACUUUCUUCAGAACCGGAAGUAAAAUGGGCGGAGAGACUAAGCCAAUCAGAAAAUGUCUCCUGACUCCUGGGGCGGAACAGACUGGACACUGGAAGCCAAUCCGAGGCUAGCGCUACAAAGGGGCGUGGCUACCAGUGCCUCGCGGGCCGCACUGCUGGUACUGUCGCUGUCGCUGCCGCUUCUGCUUCUGGUUAGGAAGAUGACUGUGGGGAGAUCUGCCGGGGCCCCCGAAUGCACCGAGUGGAGCCGUGAGAUAUUUCCCCCCAAAUCCUCUUCAGACACUGAGCCAGAAGAUGAGCUGUCUGGAGAAGGGCUGGUUUUGCCCAGAGCUGGAAAACUCCACGAGUUCCUCAGUCCAGAGGAGGAAACAGAUUCUGCUUCUGACUCCACUGGGAGCUUUUCUAGGACCUUACAGACUGGACAGCAGAAAGGCAGGUGGAGUCUGCUAAAAUCUCUGUGUCGGUCUGACCCAGACAGUGAUCCGGACAGCUCUGAGGAUGAGGAAGACUUAGAGACCUUCUUCCAAGACAAGAGCAGGGGGGAGCCACAGGUCCGGGACCCUCCAUCUCUUAGGUGUGGCUCCAUGAGGCGCUGCAGCUCCAUGACCAGCCUUCCCUGUGACUUUGCCAAGACGCAGAACCUGCCAGCCUCAGACUCUGGGCCUCCCUCCCAGCACAGAAGUGUCUGCUCCUGGGCAUCCUCCAUCACUGUCCCUCAGCCCUUCCGCAUGACGCUACGGGAGGCCCAGAAGAAGGCCCGAUGGCUGGCCUCACCUGCCUCUUUUGAGCAGGAGAGGCUGCAGGCCCAGAAACAGGGGCAAGAGGAGUCUGAGUGCUUUCGGCAGUUCCGGGCCCAGCCUGUGCCGGCCCAUGUCUACCUCCCACUCUACCAGGAGAUCGUGGAGCGCAGUGAGGCACGGAGGCGUGUGGGGAUCCAGAAGAGGAAGGAGCUGCUCCUCUCCUCCUUGAAGCCCUUCAGCUUCCAUGAAAGGAAAGAGCAGAAAAAGGAAGCUGCUCCACAGACAGACUCGGCUGCAGUGGCUCAGGCCAAGGUCCCCCCAAAGAAGGCCACUAGAAGGAUCCCCAAGGCCAUUCUGGAACCAGCCCUUGGGGACAAACUCCAGGAAGCAGAGCUCCUCAGGAAAAUUCGGAUCCAGAUGCGAGCCAUGGACAUGCUCAAGAUGGCUUCGUCCCCCAUCAGCACAUCCAGUAGCCAGGCUCCCCGCACAGCUGCCCGCACCCAGAAGGAAAAGCUGAGCUUUCUACAGACAGAAUUCGGAUUCCAGCCUCGGGUAAACCCUGUGGUCCCUGACUAUGAGGGCCUUUACAAGGCUUUCCAGAGAAGAGCUGCCAAGAGAAGGGAGACCCGGGAAACAACGCGAAACAAGCCCUUCCUGCUACGGACGGCCAGCCUGUGCCACACUCCACGGCCCUGUGAUGCCACUACUGCUGAAGGCAGAAGGAAGAGAACCCAGAAGUCCCCUCAGCCAGCCACUACCCCCUUGCCAACGAGUCAUUCUCUGAGUGGUCUUGCUUCCUUUUCUGCCAACACCCUCCCUGUGCACAUAACAGAUGCUACCAGGAAGAGGGAGUCUGCAGUCAGAAUGUCACUUGAAAAAAAGGACAAAUCAGAUGAGAGCAUUCAGUGGCUGGAGAUGCACAAAAAGAACUGUCAAGCCAUGUCUAAAUCAGUGACCCUGCGGGCUAAAGCCAUGGAUCCCCAUAAAAGCCUGGAAGAGGUGUUCAAAGCGAAGCUGAAAGAGAACCGGAACAAUGACCGUAAAAGAACAAAGGAAUAUAAGAAAGAAUUGGAAGAAAUGAAGAGAAGAAUACAAACAAGGCCCUAUCUCUUCGAACAAGUUAGCAAGGCCCUCGCCAGGAAAGAAGCAGAAGAGCGGUAUCGGGACACCCUGAGGCAGGCUGGCCUGGAGGAAGAGUUUGUGAGAACCAAGAGUCAAGGCACACAGGCUGUGCAAGGCAAGAAGAAAGCCAAAGCCAAGGAUUCUCCUAGCAUCCAUGAUACUAUAAAACUCAACAUCCAAGAUUCAUGGCAGGAUUUAGAUGACCCUGAACCAGCCUGCUGACCCAUGGAGGAACUGAAGAGCAAUGGCUUGAACAGCUAACCAAACUGCUUGUUGAAGCAGUUCGUUCAUCAUUACCACAUCUGAUCAUCAAGCAGCCAACUAGGUGAGGAGCUUGAGUUUAGAGCCAUGGCUACUGUUAGGGAAUGGGAGAAAAUAACAACAGAAAUGGCUUGAAGAAAUCAAAGUAGAGUCGAGAGUGGAGGGUCCAAGGAUCUUGCUUUGCACUUGACACUAAGGAGUGGGCACAGAAAACAAGGUAGAAGCCCUUGUUUUGGAGUAGGUACAAGAGGAAUGCAGGUAGAAAAACGGGUAGCAAUAAGGAACUAGAGAUCCAGGGCCGCCAGACCAUGCACAUUCUCAUCAGCAGCCAGAAACCUUUAGGAACACUGCGUGUAAUAAAACAUAGGUCUCAGUCUCCAUCUGCAACCUGACGCACAGGCCCUAUCACUAGCAUCUGAUACACAGGAACAGGUCAGUUAUUUGUAGGAUUUCUUUCGCACCCCUUUCCUCUACCUACUGUUAUGCCCUAUAGCACCCCUUUGGGUUGUUGACAACAAAAAUAUUUCCAGAUAUUGCCAAAUGGCUGCUAGAGGGCAAAAAAGACCUGGAUUGACCAUCACUGCUAUAGAAAGCAAAGAAAGACUGGUAACUUUGGAAAAACAAGUAAUUGCUAUGAACUUAGUCUCACACUAAAGGUUAAUUAUGCAUGCCAAUAACAAACUCAGAAAGAACAGUGGUUCUGUUCCGCUAUUCUUGAGAACACAGCACUAUUUGAAUGUUUGUUAACAGCAUAAAAUUCAUUUUACAUAAAACUUGUGAACACUGUGAUUUGUACUAAUAAGUGAUCUUGGGGAUGUUCUUGUCAGUUAGCUGUGCUGCAGGCAGAUAACAGGCUAACAGAAGCCAGUUUCUCAGUCAGCUGUGCUGCAGGGAGAUAACAGGCUAACAGAAGCCAGUUUCUCAUGUUUAACCAUUUCUGGAAAAAUUACCAUUUAUUACUGCCAUUUUCCAAGACUGAGACAUCAUGUUUUUGAUGAGUUUGAUACUCUGACAAUAGCAAUUUAGGUUUGCCAGUUCUGUUUGCUUGUUUUUUAAGUUGAGAUAGCGCUCAUUGUCCUGGAACUCUCUAUGUUCCAGGCUGGUCUUGAACUCAAGAGAUCCAGCUGCCUCUGCCUCCUGUGUGCUAACAUUAAAGGGGUGUACCACCACCACCAGCAGCUUAGGUUUGCCAGUUCUAAACAGUGGUGUCAGGUUUUCUUUUUCAAGAUAGGUUUCUCUGCAUAGACCAGGCUAGCC